CACUGGCCGUCAAACCGGCGGUUAGAAAACCAGUCAAUAUGUCAUGUCAAAAGUCGCAAACAAUCAAUCAAACUAAAACUUUUUAUCAAAAUGCACUCCGUAAUGUGUCCUAGAACCUGUCUAGGUUUCACCAACUUCUUAUUCUUCUUCGUCGGACUUAUAGGCUUCGGUAUUUGCUUAUGGUGCUCUAUCAACACGGAAUUAUUCAGAGACUUGAACUACACUGUAACUAGAAGCGAACUAGUUGGUGUUAUAGCUAACUUUGUGAACCUAAAGCUGUGGUUAACGCCUUUAACGACAGUAAUUAUAACUUCGGCUAUCGUUGCGAUGCUGACUUCGUGUUGCGGCAUACUCGGCGCUGGCUGCAAGACCAAAUGCGCAAUGAAAUCAUACAUCUUCCUAGUUUCCGUUAUAUGCUCGGUAGCUAUCUGGUUUAUCUACAUAUCCUGCAUCUACAACAUUUAUUCUGAUAAUGACAAAACACGCAAGUUUCUGCAAAGCACGAUACGCACACAGUACGGAAAAGACAACGAUCUGUUUACAUCGCUAUGGGACUAUAUAAUGGUAAACUACGAAUGCUGUGGGGUCGUCGGUUUAGCUGAUUUCAAGGAUUCUUAUUGGAUCCAACUGAACCCUGAUAAAUUGUUUCCAGUACAGUGUUGCGUUUUACAGAAUCGUACGCAUCUAAUACCUUUAGUUAAAGAAUGUCAAUCAUCACUAGAUCCAGGUACGUUUAAUGCGAUCGGAUGUUUUCAAGCAUUAAGACAAUCGUUUGUGGAUAGCAAAGGACUUAUUAUAUUUUCUUGUAUUGUGUGUCUUUGCGCGUAUGCUUCAUUGAUGUCUUUUGCUUAUUGUGUGUUGAGAGGGGAACCGUUGAUAACUGACACGGAUGGUUAUAUCUACGGAGCUCGGCGAGCGCGCCACGCGGAGCCCGAGCAGUCUGAGAGCUCUCUGCAGAACAUGAUGUUUGUAAACGAUGCGUCCGAACCGACCACGAAAGUUGUUAGGGUGGUGUCAGCUGUGAAUCCUUUCCAGAAGUACAAAUAUUAUCCCGAACAAGUGUGAUUUUCUACGUUUGUUAA